GCUCGGCUCGGCUCAACCAUGCCGAAGUUUAGCGUGGCGGAGGCCGGAUUUUGGGGGUGUCAAUUCGUGCAGUUCCUGCGGGACACGGACCGGGAGCAGGAGAGCCUGCGGGAAACUCUGCGGACCAUCUACAACCAGGAGUUCCGGGGCAGGACUGAUGCAAAGACACCCAGUUUUUCUGGCAUCCUGUAUGCGCUAAGGACAACCCACCAGAUUCAGGUGUGUGGAGAGGUGGUGAAAUUCAAGGUGAAGAGGCGUGUGGUGGUGGCAGACCAGUACCGGAGACCCAGAAGGAAUGCACAGACAUCCAUGUCCACAUCUGCCUCAGGACAGCAGCUCAGCUCUGCUCCACAAAUGCCCCAGACCUAUGCCAAGCACUGGGCUGAGCUCAUUCGUGGGAAGCACGGGGUAGAAAUCGUCUCAGACUAUGACCAGGGCAAUGGGAAUAUCCGCUUCCCAGUGGUGCCGGGUGAACCCCGCACAGUCACUGUUCUGGUGCAGAACCGUGGGACCGAGGUGGUGACACUGCAGCGAUUCCAGACAUGCCAGCAGUCGCAGGAGCUCUCCUUCGCCUAUGAGCAGGGGGCAGUGCAGGGCCAGUCCCUGCUGUUACACCCAGGUGGCAUAUACCCCAUCCAGGUGCGGUGCCUCAGCACCUGCUAUGGGCACUUCAGUGCUGUGGUGUUCUUCGAGUUCACCAAGGAGCCAGACGAGCCCUUCAGCAUCUCACGUUAUGUGGCUGCCAUUGCUGAGAGCCAGCUGGCCAAGGACCUGGGGCCCUCGGCACUUUUCCAGCCUUACACGGCCAGCCUCCAGCGCCUUGUCACAGUCAUCACCGAGGAUGGCAUCCCCCCUGACAGCUCCCUGAAAAACGAACUGGAGAGGGAAAUCCCUCUGGGCACCUACCAGUACCCAAAGAGCCUCAAGGACACGAUCCUGCUGGGACCCAACACCAGUGCCAGCUCCAGCUGGGCUGCCAUGCGCUCGCUGCUGGAAGCACCUCUGCAGGCUGAAAACUACCACCAGAAAUUCCAGCUGCUGCUGCACCUGGAGGAGAUCCAGAUGGAGGUGGACAUCCGGCGCUACGACAUGCAGGAUGUGACCAUGGUGAAGGACAGGGCGCUGCUGGUUCUUGAUGUGCCUGGUGUUGCCGAGAACCGCCCAUCCCUGCUGAGAGGGGACCACCUCUUUGCCCACCUGAGCAGCGAGCGGGACCACUCCCCGCUCGUGCGGUACAAGGGCUACGUGCACAGCGUGGAACUGGAGAAGGUCAGGCUGGGCUUCUCCUCCAAGCUGCAGAAGAAGUUUUUGAAAAACCUGAAGUUUGAUGUGACCUUCACCUUCAGCCGGCUGCCACUUCAGGUCCAGCAUCGGGCUGCAGUCCUGGUCAUGCGCCGUGGCUUGUUCAGCCUCCUCUUCCCCUCUGCCUCCUGCCACAAGUCCCUCUUCCCAGGCCCCUUCCAGCCCCGGUGGUUUAACCGUGAGCUGGAGACCAACGAGGAGCAGUGCAAAGCCGUGACCCACAUUGUCAUGGGGAUGUCCCGGCCAGCCCCAUACCUCAUCUUUGGUCCCCCUGGCACUGGCAAGACGGUCACUAUGGUGGAGGCCAUCAAGCAGGUGUGGACAUGCUUCAAGGAUGCCUGUAUCUUGGUCUGUGCCCCCUCCAACAGUGCCACAGACCUGCUGUGCCAGUACCUCAUCAAGGACAUUGCCCCUGAGAAUGUCUACAGGCUCAUUGCCAGCUCCCGGAGCUACAGGGAAGUGCCUGCUGAUAUCAUGCCCUGCUGCAACUGGGAUGAGGAGCAGAGCAGCUACGUGUACCCAAGCAAGGAGAGCCUGAAGCAGUACCGAAUUAUCAUCACCACACUGGUGACAGCAGGAAGGCUAGUGUCAGCCAACUUCCCCCCUGGGUUUUUCUCCCACGUCUUCAUUGACGAGUGUGGCCGUGCGGUAGAGCCGGAGAGCGUGGUCGCCAUUGCAGGGCUCCUGGCUCCCAUGGAUCAGACGACCAACCCCAAUGGGGGGCAGCUGGUACUGGCAGGAGACCCCAAGCAGCUAGGCCCUGUCCUGACCUCACCACUGGCCAUCCAGCAUGGUUUGGGAACCUCGCUGCUGGAGAGGCUGAUGCUGCACAACCCCCUGUACAAGAAGUCGAGUGGAGGAUACAACCCACAGUUCAUCACCAAGCUGCUCUGGAACUACAGGUCCCACGAGGCCAUUCUCAGGAUUCCCAACGAGCUCUUCUACGACAAUGAGCUGAAGGUGUCCAAGAGCAACGGGCUUGAUGUCCGGAAUCUGUACUGUACCUGGGAGGAGCUUCCCAAAAAAGGCUUCCCCAUCAUCUUCCAUGGCGUUUGUGGGGAAGACCAGAGAGAGGCCAAGAGCCCCUCAUUCUUCAACACGGCCGAAAUUGAGGUCCUGGUCCACUACCUCAAGAAGCUGCUGCUGAGCAGGGGCAAGGGGAGCUGCCCUAAAGUGUCCCCCAAGGAGAUUGGCAUCAUUUCUCCCUACAGGAAGCAGGUAGAGAAGAUCCGGAAAGCCAUCACCUCCCUGGACCCCGAUCUGCAGAGGCUGCCGGACAUCAGCCAGUUGAAGGUGGGCUCUGUGGAAGAGUUCCAGGGCCAGGAGCGGCACGUGAUCCUCAUCUCCACCGUGCGCAGCUGCAGCACAUACCUCCAGUUUGACCAGACCUUCAGGCUGGGCUUCCUCAAGAACCCCAAGAGGUUUAACGUGGCCAUCACCAGGGCCAAGGCUCUGCUGAUCGUGGUGGGUAAUCCAACAGUGCUCAGCAAGGACCACCACUGGCACAGGUUCCUCAGGUACUGCCAGGAACAGGGUGGCUACACAGGAUACCCCUACGAGGACGAGAGCACAGCUGAGGACAGAAUCGCCGAAGAACUCCGCAUGCUGCAGCUCAGUGUUUAGUACCCAGGGCUUGCAUGUCUCCAUCUCAAAGUCGGGGGGCAGCUCUGCCACGAGGUUUCUCUGCAGGAAGUGCAUCUGGGAAAGGAGAAGCCCCAUGAAGAUGUAUCCCCUGAGCCUGUCCCUGGCCUGCAGCAGCUCCUGCUCUUUCUGUCUCAGUCCUGAGGUUCUCCACUCAUCCCUGUGGAGAUGGGGUUGAACCUACCAGAACUUCUUGCCAGCCUUUGCUGCCAGGACAAAGCCCACACAAGCAUCAGACUGGAACAGUUCUCCAUUUUAAUAGUUUUUUGACAUGGCUGUGGCAAAACAAUUCUCUGUGACUGGACUCACCAUUCAGGAAAGGCUUAAGCCUGGAGGCUCUGGCCUCUGAAGAUCACCACUGGGUGCACAGGGGAGCUCACUGCUGCUGUGAUGGGUGACUGGGGAAGGCAGAGACCUGGCCUGGGACAGGCUGGCUCAGCUCUCCACUGGACAGCUGCCUGGCCUGAGAGCUGGCGCGGCUGUGCAGGCACUCUAUU